AUGCCUUUAACAGAAUUAUUAUCAUUUAAUCUAUAUUACACGGAUCGAGUAAGUGAAGAUGAAUUACAAUAUGAUUGUUUAUAUUAUUAUGUGCCUCUGAAAUCGAAACGAGAACAACAACCGUUCUCUCAUGAAAUUAUUCCUUACUGUUAUCGACCAGUUAGUCAUCCCAAUGAUAGCAUUAUUAAUAAAACUGACUCGAUUACAUUUGAAGAAUUAAAACGUCAAAAAGUAACCAUCGAACAGCUCUAUUCAUGGUCUGCUCCUAUUGAUCUGCUUGAACGUUAUCAACUCUAUACUAAUCAACCGACAGCAGCAACAGCGUCAGAUUUGUUUUAUAACUGUUCAGGAUUAUGGUUUGGAUCUACUUGUCAAUAUACGUUUGACUCGCCCAAUGAUUUUGCCGAUAUUGUUCGAGAAACAUUUCGAAUGAAAGAAGGAAAAUUGAAUGAUAUUCUAAAUGUUACAAAAGGAGGAACAUGCUAUCGAUUUUUGAAAUGUGAUAGAGGACCUGGUAACGUUUCGUGUCUCGAUUGGCGUGAAGUAUGUGAUGGAAAAAAUGAUUGUUUCAAUAACGGUAUUGAUGAAAAGGGCUGCUUUGAAGUAAUGGAAUUGAAUGAAUGUGGUCCAAAUGAAUUUCGAUGUCGAAAUGGACUUUGUAUACCUGAAGACUUUUUGUGGGAAGAUAGCUUGGAUUUCGACUGUCUUGAUGGUUCUGACGAAAUAUAUGGAGGACAGCGCUUUGACACCUGCUAUCAAGAUCCUGCUUUUCGGUGCGAAGAGCGUACAUGUCGACCUUAUCUUAAUAUGGUGGCAUGCGGAGAUGGCGAGUGUGUAUUUACACAAAUUCCAACGGAUUUUGUCCAUGCUCAUAUAUGUAUGAAUGCUCGUGAUAUACUGUUGUCAAGAGCUCUUCUUGCUCAUGAGGAAACACCAGAAUUAUCGAAGUUAUGUUGGUCGACAAUGAUUUGUGCUAUGAGAAUAUACAAUCGUAUCUAUUCUCUUUUCGAUACUGUACGCUGUGAAACGAUUUGUGGUCAACCAUUUACACCUAAGUGUGAUACACUCAUAGAGCAAAAUUGUCCACCUCUAUUUCAAUUUCCUGCGCAUCCAGUCAUACACGGUCAUGUAGUAUUAAUAUAUACAAACGAACGACCAGAAUAUACUGGCGGUAUACGAAAACCGAAAUACAUAUGCUAUAAUAGACAAUUUUGUCCAAAGCUAACUUUAGCACAAAAUUCAAGUAGCGAUUCAAUAUGUGUUUCUGCGUUCCUACUAAAUGCGCCCCACAUGAAUUAUGUAUCAUAUAGCAAUUUUAUUACAUUUAUGACAAAUUUAUUUCAUCAAUGUCCUCCGAUCGAUGUAGUCAAGAGGCCUGAUCUUUGUCUUAAUCCAAAUUUGUUCUACUGCGAAUAUACUCUAACUUGUUUUUCGAAACAUCGACUGGUAGAUAGCGUGCACGAUUGUCUGGAUCCUGACGAUGAAGAAGAACCUUGUUCAAUGAAUGAUACAUACCGUUUUCAUUGUACAUCUGAAAGUGACAAAUGUAUUUCUCCUUUUUGCAUUCGUGACCUUCACGAUGAUUGUAUGGGAGGAGAAGAUGAAAUAGCAGGUACUAAUGUUCGCAAAAACUCCAGAAGUUAUAUACCAUUUCAAAUUUUAUGCGAUGGGUUCACAGAAUUUACAAUUAAUACGGAUGAUACCGUUAUUGAAACAGAUGAAACAAACUGCGAUCUAUGGCCUUGUGACAAUCAAUACACUCGUUGUAAUAUUUAUUUGAACUGUCCCAAUGGUUUAGACGAAGCCCAUUGUGAAUGGACCGCUUGUCCUCCAUUACAUCUGCCAUGCGUCGAACCGAUUAGCAAAAAUAUCACCUGUUUACCUCUUACUUUAGCUAAUGAUAAUAUAACUCAUUGUCUUGGAGCAUCAGAUGAACGCCAUAUGUGUAGGAUUGAUGGUGCCGAAAGUUUUCCUGACACUCGAUACAAGUGUUGGAAUGAGACUGGACUACAUCCUUGUGUUUCUGUGGACUCUCUAUGUGAUGGUGAAGAAGAUUGUGAAUUUGGAGACGACGAACAGUUUUGCCAAAAUGACGAUGAAGAUUAUUUUCCAGAGCCAUGUAAUGAUCUAUCCAAUGGAGAUAGAACGACGAGUCAUAAUUUUCUUUGCAAAUUAACCGAUGCAAAUAAAUCACGAAACAUCUAUUUUUCGUUAAAAAACGCAAUUACUUACCCUUCGACAGUUCCACAAUUAUCAAAAGCAAUGCAAAAAACCGAAAUGGUUUCCAAAAUAAAUGUUGACAACGAUCGUCGGCAAAAUAUCAGCAGCAGCAAUUUUUAUCGAGCAUGGUACUGUAAUCGAGGUAUUGCCAUAAGGUAUAAACAUGUAGGACAAAUAUGUCUUUGUCCACCUAGCUACUAUGGCGAUCGAUGUGAGUUUCAAAGUCAACGUGUUAGUGUGACGUUACAAAUGAAAGCAUCUGAAUAUCGAACAAUGAUUGUUUUAGUACUUACUCUAAUCGAUUAUAAUCAACAAAUUCAUUCUUAUGAACAAGUACAUUAUAUUCCAUUUCGUGAUUGUAAAAAUAAAUUCAAUGUUGUACUUCUUUACAAUAUUCGACCAAAAGAUUUUUUACGAAAAUAUUUUGUACGGAUUCAAGCUUUUGAAAAAUCAAGUUUUGCCCAUCGCGCUACUUGGCUUUUUCCAAUCAAAUUUCCUGUUUUACCUGUUUAUCGCCUAGUGAAACAAUUAGUCAUUCCUGCAGAUGAAACGCAUACAAUUGCAAAAAAUUGUCCAUUAAAAUGUCUACAUGGUUUAUGUCAACGUUAUAUCAACAGUGAAGAUUUCUUCUGUCGUUGUGAUUCGAAGUGGUAUGGUGUUUUGUGUGACAUUCCAUAUGUAUGUCAAUGUUCAUUUGAUUCUCGGUGUGUUGGUAUAAUUAAUAAUCGGUCUAUUUGUGUAUGUCCUCCACAUAAGUUUGGUCCGAGAUGUUUGUUAACGCGUUCUUCAUGUCCACCUUCAAAUUGUCAUCAUCGUGGCACAUGUAUUUUUUCAGAUGAACGUAUAUCACAAGAACGUUUUGUAUGUCUUUGUGAAGAUGGUUUUUCAGGUGUGAGAUGUGAAAAUAUUCAAACAAAGAUUGAUAUUUCAUUUGCAGUGGAUGUUUCUAUUCCACAAGCUCUACUUGGUCAUUUUAUAACUGUUUACAAUGAUUCAAAUCCGACACAAUUGUCAAUCUAUAAAAAAGUUCCAUUCAAUCUCGAAACAGUUACUUUUCAUUUUUCAGAUCCGUUUCAUAUACUUUUGACAGAAUUCGAUGAAAAAUUUUAUUUGGCUAUUGUACAAGAAACCUUUACUGCUUCAUUACACAUUGCAGUUCAACUAACAGCUUCUUAUCGAUGUUUACCUAUUGAAGAAAUACUUGAUGCGACUAUUCUACAAUUUCGUCGUCUACAUUAUGUUAAAUAUUAUCACACCCUUUGCCGAAAAAAUUCUGAUCUUGUUUGUUUCUACGAUGAAUCGUUGAUGUGUUUGUGUAAUCAAGAUCGAUUUGCAAAUUGUUUUAAUUUUGAUCGUAGUAUUACCUAUUCUUGUUCUGAUACGAAUUAUUGUACAAACAAAGGUCGAUGUUUUCAGAACUCUGAAACAUGUCAAACACCACUUUUAUGUGUUUGUAAUGAAUGUUAUUAUGGAAAGCGUUGUCAACUAAGUACAAAGGGUUUUGGACUUCCGCUUGACGCUAUUAUAGCUUAUCAGAUUCAUCCGAAUGUGCCUCUUACAUCCCAACCCACUGCCGUUAAAGCGAGUAUUGCUAUAACAACCGUAAUGGUAGUUAUUGGUUUCAUAAACAGUUUUUUUUCUAUCGCUACAUUUCGUAGAAAACGUUGUAGAGAAACAGGUUGUGGAUAUUAUUUAUUUGCGUCAUCAAUUUGUUCAUUUGCUACGAUGAUUUUUCUUCUCGUGAAAUUUUGGAUUCUUCUUGUAUCUCAAAUGCUUGUUGUACGUACAACGACCUUUUUACUAUUUAAUUGUAUAUCUAUGGACACAUUGCUUCGUAUUUCUCUUAACACUGGAGAUUGGUUGAAUGCAGCUGUAGCCGUCGAACGAUUAUUUAGCGUUUGGAAAGGUAUCAGUUUCAAUUCAGAAAAAAGUAAACGAAGUGUUCGAUGGGUGUUUCUGAUAAUUUUUCUCUUUAUCAUUUUUACGACUAUACACGACCCAAUUCGUCGUUAUAUUGACUUUGAUGAAGAAGAACAGCGUACAUGGUGUCUAGUUCGUUACUCUUCAACUCUACAGUAUUAUGAUUCUAUCAUGAAUAUUAUACAUUUUAUUACUCCUUUCUCAAUUAAUAUUAUUUCUGCAAUAUUUAUUAUUAUUGGAACAGCUCAGAUUCGUUCUACUGUUCGCAUAAAUCUAACCUACAAAUACCAUUUACGUGAACAAUUUGAACGGCAUAAAUAUUUACUUAUUAGUCCUCUUAUUCUUGUUCUUCUCAGCCUCCCACGUCUAAUAAUUUCAUUCGUACCUGGUUGUAUGAAAUCGACUCGUGAUCCAUGGUUAUUUCUUAUCGGUUAUUUUGUAUCGUAUAUACCAUCAACUCUCAUCUUUGUUACAUUUGUUUUACCGUCUGCUAUUUACAGAUGUGAAUUCAAAGAAGCGAUAAAACAUGUACGAAAUUGCUUUUGA